CCCCGCCGGCCGGGGACUGCGCGGGGCGCGGGUGCGGAGCGCUGCCUCGUAGGCGCUCCCCGGCCUGGCUGUCGCGCCGCCGCAGAGGAUCCCUGGCCGUUCCGGAAAUGCUCUCGGCCGGCGCCAACAUGGCUGCGGCCCUGCGGGCUGCGGGCGCGCUGCUCCGCGAGCCGCUGGUGCAUGGCGGCUCGAGGGUCUGUCAGCCGUGGAGGUGCCAGUCAGGGGCAGCGGCGGCAGCCACCACAGAGAAAGCGUGUCAAGCCCAAACUGCUACACCUCAAGCUCAGCCAGAAAGGAGGAAGCCAAAAACUGGCAUAUUAAUGUUAAACAUGGGAGGCCCCGAAACCCUCGGAGAAGUUCAAGACUUCCUUCAAAGACUCUUCUUGGACCGAGACCUCAUGACACUUCCCAUUCAAAAUAAACUGGCGCCAUUCAUCGCCAAACGCCGAACCCCCAAAAUUCAAGAGCAGUAUCGUAGGAUUGGAGGUGGAUCUCCCAUCAAGAUGUGGACUUCCAAGCAGGGAGAAGGCAUGGUGAAGCUGCUGGAUGAGCUGUCCCCUGACACAGCACCUCACAAAUACUAUAUUGGAUUUCGGUACGUCCAUCCUUUGACAGAAGAAGCAAUUGAAGAGAUGGAGAGAGAUGGCCUAGAAAGGGCCAUUGCUUUCACGCAGUAUCCACAGUAUAGCUGCUCCACCACAGGCAGCAGCUUAAAUGCCAUUUACAGAUACUAUAACGAGGUGGGACGGAAGCCCACCAUGAAGUGGAGCACAAUUGACAGGUGGCCCACGCAUCCCCUCCUCAUCCAGUGCUUUGCAGACCACAUUCUGAAAGAACUGGACCAUUUUCCACGGGAGAAGAGAAGCGAGGUGGUCAUUCUGUUUUCUGCCCACUCCCUGCCAAUGUCUGUUGUCAACAGAGGGGAUCCCUACCCCCAAGAAGUAGGUGCCACUGUCCACAAAGUCAUGGAAGAGCUAGGUUACCCCAACCCCUACCGACUGGUUUGGCAGUCCAAGGUUGGCCCAGUACCCUGGUUGGGCCCUCAGACAGAUGAGGCUAUCAGAGGGCUUUGUGAGAGGGGAAGGAAGAAUAUCCUUUUGGUUCCAAUAGCGUUUACCAGUGAUCACAUUGAGACACUCUACGAACUGGAUAUUGAGUACUCCCAAGUCUUAGCCGAGAAGUGUGGAGCAGAAAACAUCAGAAGAGCGGAGUCUCUUAAUGGAAAUCCAUUGUUCUCUAAGGCCUUGGCUGAUCUGGUACACUCACACAUCCAGUCAAACAAGCUGUGCUCCACGCAGUUGACUCUGGGCUGUCCACUCUGUGUAAAUCCUGUCUGCAGGGAGACUAAAUCCUUCUUCACCAGCCAGCAGCUGUGACCCUGCCCGAGGACCCGUGGGAUUUGCAGAUGCACAGCCUCCAGACACCUCCAGUGGAGAUGGAAGCCACGUUAGCCUGUGCGCAGCCUUUGGGCACAGACCCAUGAUUUCUUUCUCGCCUUGUUUUAUUUCAGUUUACUUUAGUUUUUGUUUCCCCGUGUGGUCCACGCUGGCCUCCUGCUCCCAUUUCCUGAACGCUAGCUAGUAUCACAGACAGGCAAAAAUGUGUUUCUUGGGGUACAGACUCUGAAAUUCUUACUGAGGUUUCUAUUUUCAUACACACCGUGAAAACUCACAACCCUUUCUGUGGUCAAUUGACUCAAGUGGAGUGUCUACUGUGACAUUCCAGGAAUGAGUUUUAAGUUUGUAUCUUAUGAGACACACACAGAUUCUGCACUUAUUGCCCCCAAACAGCCUCCUAAAAUAGUAUGGCAAGUCCCCUCUACCCGUGCUACCCGUGGUGACAGAUGUCUACAGCCUCAUGGAUGUAGCCGAAGAGAAGAUAGUUAAUGUAUGAAAUAGAAUUUGUUGAAGAAUUGGGCUUAGGGCACAUAGCUUAGUGACUGUAUGCUUACCUAGCAUGCAUGGGGCUUCCAGUUUGAUCCCCUGCACUGCAUGUAAAUACUAUGUUCCCUACUCUUUCCCCAAGUCCGAGAAUACCCGAAUCCUAGUGAGUUGGUGCAGUCACUAACAUGGCCUCUAUUGCCAGUGCAACUGCCGGUCACUGGCCAUUGUGGUGUCUGUGGGAGAAUCUCGCUUUUCUCCCCUGAAACUAAAACAAGUGUGCAUUUCAAAAGUGCUCUGAGAUUCCCCGGGCACGAAGCCUAAUAAACGUGUGGAAAUUCAGUCUUUGCUAUAUGUGCCUUAGUUUGAGUUCAUGGUGCCUCAGGGAAGAUGGGGCUCUGUCUGCUUCCUGUCUCCAAGGACAAUGCCACCAGGAAAUGCGACUGAUGGAUUUGGUCUCAACGGGGGCCAAGGAGCCUCCUAGCAUGGCGCUGUUCUUUGUUGAGUGCCCCUAUUUUCUGCUCACUUGUUUGAACAUUGUUUUGUAAAGUCGACUAUGUCUGAUAACCUUGAAUUUUCUUUAUUAGUAAGUUUUUAUUAUAAAAUGAUGUAGCCAUAGAAUAGGUCAUUUGUAAAACACAGAGAAGAGAAAUAACCACUCUAAUGUAAUAAUUAUCAUUUUAUUCCAGCCUUUUCCUGUGCAUAUUAUACAUAUUGAUUCUUUGAGAAUUUCAAGAUAGUCCAUCAUUGUCGCCUUCCUUUCCCCUCCCAACUUGUUGCUGCCUGAAUGUGUAAUGAAAAGUUGUUCUAAAAAUGUAAAAAUUAUGUCGGAGCAGAAUCUGAUAUCCUGAAUUUGGAUUUAAAUGGGUUUUAAAGUCGCUGGGAUCCUUGAAGGAUUUGUAAUAAUCACUUCCUUUGAGACUUUGUUCUUCAAAAAGAAUAUUUCUUUGAGCUUUCUUUUUCAAUAGAAAAGCAGUCCACGAAGUGGAAGUAAUUAGGAGGACACAUAGAUAUUCUAUAUGAGGAUUUACUAUUAGUAAGCAGUAUGCCUUUAGCCUGUUUGAUUCGUGUUGUCCCCAAAAGCAGAUCCAAAACGACCAAACGUGGGAGUUCACUUCAUAAUCCAGCAAAGAAGCAUGCUUUCUGCUCGCUCUGAGACUGUUCUGACACCGAUCAUGGCUUUCAAAUUUGAGUAACAUCUACUUUUCCUUUCUACCUUGACUUUAUCUUCACUAGUAGGCAGUUGAUAGAGAAAGAUCAAAGGUCUGGGUACUUUGGAAUGUCCCUGUGUCCAUUUCAUCACCUUUUGGGGAUUAGGUCUAGAGCAGACUGUGAGUCCCGCAGUGAAUGGACGUCUCAGGGUUUGAGGCCCCUGUUGGCAGGCACUUAUGCUCACAGCCAUUAUCCCCCCUUCAGGGAACCUGCUUGUCAUCAGUCUCGGCUCUUCAGCAGUUUUUCAGAUGAAAACACGUUGGCAUGGAGAUAUUGCUGGAAGUGCCAGUUCAGAAGUCCCUGCUAGAGUAUCUGAAGUGCGCCCCUCCCCCUCGUUUGCAAAGCAAACUUUGAAUGAGUUUCUGGAAAUGUAUCACUGGCCCUGACUUGUGAGCAGACCGCCCUUUGAGAGGCAGUUACGGGAAUCACUGCCUGUGGCAUCGUCAGCUCUUAAGUGUUUCCUUUGACUGUUCACCAUACAUAGGUGAAGGUCACAGACUGGGGCAGCAUUUGGGAGGAUGGAAAUCUUUUUAGAACUGAUGAGUCUUUGAGAGCUGUUACCCUGUUUGUCAGCUUUGAAGUACAAAUGUUUGCCCUGGUAAUUGGCAAUGAACGGCCGGUGCUGUCUUGAGCUGCUGUCUGUACAGACCUGGCUCUCAGCUGAUCCGGAAGAUCGGUGGGUGCCGAGAAGGUUCAGUCUGAUGGUGGAAUUGCUAGAAGCCAGGAGGAUGCUCUCCCACAGACCUGUGUGAAGGAGUCUGCUUCAGGAGUGAACUCAGAGUUACCUUCAACCUCACAUCAGGGCUGACUUGGUGUUGAUGGUAGAAACCCAUGUCUUCUGAUCCCAAUGCUUCCUCCAAGUGCAUGUGCCUACACACAUGACCCCAUGAGCAGAGUGUAAUGUUUCUGUGGGACUCUUGCUAUUUCCAUUGUGCCUGAAGUCAGCAACUAUCACUUAUGAAGAAAAAGUGAGUUUUUCCAUCUCAAGAUGCCCAGACUAAACGUGUCAACAACUCUAAGGUAAUAGUAGAACUUUUAUAUUUUCAGUUGACCUUGAAAAAAUGUAUUUCCCUUUCUCCUUCUUGACAUGGUAGAAUAGAUCAUCUAGAAAAAAGUCCCUGCAUUUGGCUUCUUCCUUUAACCUGUUCUCAGACUUUGGCCGAUAAUUCAAAAAGCCAUAGUUAAAAUACGUGCUUGCUUGGUGUGAGUAGAUUGAUCUAAACUAUGUUGUCACACCACAAGGCAAAGGGGCAUCCUGUGCCAAGUUCCCAGUAGGGUUGUCAGAAAGACUCCCAGCCUCCUGGGGUGCGGGUCACCAUGUGGCACCUGUAGUCCGAGGCUAUACUGUUUGCUCCCCUGUUCUAGGGAGUGAACUUGUGUUGCUUCAUGUGGAGGGCCAACUGUGAAGCUGGCAGCCAUUUUUUUU